AAUUAAACCUAGUAUUAUAUAAAGGAACCAUUCCCUUAAACAGUCUUGAUCUCUCUGAAACAUGGCUCGCAUAAAGCUUCAAUUAUUUUCUUGUAUUCGUCAUUUCCUGCAAUCCAAAGCUGCUCGCAAGCGAUGCACAGGCUCCAAUCAUGUGGAUAAUAUUAAUAUAUCUGCAGCAUCCAAGACGAUCAAUCAAGAAGUAAUUCAAGUUGCGGAUUCUUCUUCUGUGGUGUUACAAAGGUCAGUGAAAAGGCUUCACUUUGGGAGCUGGGAAGAGAAGGAGAUGGCUGCCUUGGAGAUACAGAGAAUUGCUAAAGAAGAUGUGAAGAUUAAAAGGUUGAUGGCCGAGCUUGGAGUUAUUCAUGUGCUGGUCUCCAUGGUGGCCUCCGAGGUUGUUGGCCGUCGCCGGGCAGCGGUUCAGGCUUUGAUCGAGCUCGCCGAUGGAACCUACACGAACAAGGCCCUGAUGGUGGAGGCAGGAAUCUUAACAAAGCUACCGAAGAUGAAUGUUGAUGUAGUUGAUGAAUCAACAUUGCGUGAAUUUGCAGAAUUGAUUCUGUUAUUAUCUUCAUUGGCAUAUAAACAAUUUCCCUUAUCGUCACCUGAAAUGGUGCCGUUUCUGGUUGGGAUUCUUGAAUCAGAAUCAAGCCUUGGGACUAAACAGUUGUGUAUUGGUACAUUGUACAAUCUAUCUGCGGUGUUGGAAAAUGCAGGGCCUUUGGUCUCUAAUGGAGUGGUAAACACUCUGUUGAAGCUUUGUUCAGUGAAGGAACUGUCAGAGAAAUCACUUGCAACGCUUGGGAAUUUGGUGGUAACAUCAAUGGGAAAGAAGGCUUUGGAAGACAGUCAUCUUGUUCCGGACAGUUUAAUUGAGAUUUUGACAUGGGAAGAGAAGCCGAAAUGUCAAGAAUCCUCGGCUUAUAUUUUGAUGAUUUUAGCCCAUCAAAGUUCAGCACAGCGAGACAAAAUGGCAAAGUCAGGAAUUGUUCAUGUCAUUCUUGAAUUGGCUUUAUUGGGGAGCCCUCUGGCGCAGAAGAGAGCACUGAAAUUGUUACAAUGGUUUAAAGACGAAAGGCAGGCGAAGAUGGGACCUCAUUCUGGGCCACAAACAGGGAGAAUCGCAAUGGGGUCACCUGUGAAUCCGAGAGAGGCAGAAGAGGGAAAGAAAUUGAUGAAGAAUUUGGUGAAACAAAGUCUUCAUAAGAACAUGGAGAUGAUAACCAGAAGAGCCAAUGUUGCUGCUGAUGAUUCUUCCAAACUCAAGUCCCUGGUUAUAAGCACAAGUUCUAAGAGCUUGCCUUACUAAAAGAGUUUGAACCACAGAAACAUAUCAUCCAUUGGGCAUUUUCUUCUGCAGAAGAAGCUGAUGACAAUGACAUGACAAUUGUACAUCACGAAACAAUAAACACCAAAAAGUCUUAGUGAUAGGGAAAAUAAAACCAUCCACAACCAGUUUUGACUGUAUAAUUGACUAUAUGGAUAAGGUUUCUUUUAUGUGAUUAGAUGCAAUCACAUAGCAUUGCUCAAUAAAAAUAAAAUACAAUUGCAAGCA